AUGGGCUCCAAGGUUUGGCUUAUGUUCAUGCCAUUGGCCUUGGCAAUGAUGACCGGUUGCUCCACCGCUGCCACAUUCAACAAGGGUCAUCGCUAUUUCAGAACCGGUAACAGAGGCUUGUUGGUCGAAAAAAUCGACGAUAUCGAAGCCGAGAUGAUGAUGGAUUCCGAGACCGACGACGGGUUGGUUAGGUUAGGGAGAAGAUACGUUAGCUAUGCAUCACUUCAAGCUACUACAGUCCCAUGCAAUAAACGUGGUAUAUCCUAUUACAAUUGUGCACAAGGGGUUAAGUACAGAAAGAGAUGA